AACAACCAGAAGAAAAGAGGAGACCAGAGGCUAGAUAAAGUACUUCUCAGCCUGUUUCCUGCAGCGAAGCUCUGCUGGGGGCAAACAGGAAGACAUCCCGUCUCCCUGCAGCCGUCCAGCCCCGGCAACCGUCUGUCUGUCUGUCUUCCUCGCUCCCUGUCUUUCUGCCUGUCUGUCUGUCUUUCUGCCUGUCUGUCUUCCUCGCUCCCUGCCUGCCUGCCUGUCUGUCUUUCUGUCUGUCUUUCCUGACAGCACACAGCGGGGAUGAUGGAGCACUGCUGAGUUUUGGGGAAGACCGCUGGAUGCAUCUGCCACAGAAGAGAUACAGGACUACACUGGAGGAUACACAGCAGCCAGACAGAAGCCUGGUGUGUUUUUAACAAAUCGAGAAAGAGAACGAGAAAGAGAAAGAGAGAGAUAGAGAGAGAGAACAACUGAGUCAACAGAGACUAAGACAGUAGGUGCACACUCACCGGACACACCUUCGCCACCCCUCAACCCUCACCUCUCCCCCUCCUCCCCCCUGCCCGACAUGGGCCUCCCCCUCGCCCUGUCCCUCACCUACCUGGUCUACCUGUCGGCUGUGGUGAUUGGUUCAGAGCGGCGCCCACAUCGUGUGCAGCACGGCCCCUGCAGCUACACCUUCCUGCUGCCCGAGGUCGACCACUGUUCGCCCCUCAAGGACUUCCGGGUCACCAACUCCCUCCAGAAGGACUCUCCCCCAGCCCCAGGCCCAGGCCAACCUGAGGGGGGUGGUGGCCAGCCACGGCCCUCCUGGCACCAGAGAAAGCUGGAGGUCCUGGAGAGCGCCACAGAGAAUAACACACUGUGGCUGCAGAAGCUAGAGAACUACAUCCAGGAAAACGUGCGUUCCAGGAUGGAGGAGAUGAAGAGGAACGCCGCCCACACCCAGACGGCGGCCAUGUUGGAAAUGGGAACCAACCUCUUGAGCCAAUCAGCUGAGCAGACCCGCAAACUGACGGAUGUGGAGACCCAGGUGUUGAACCAAACCAGCAGGCUGCAGAUCCAGCUGUUGGAGAACUCUCUGUUCACCAGCCGCCUGGAGAACCACAUCCUGCUGCAGACCCAGGAGAUCUCACGACUCAACCACAAAAACAGUCUCCUGGGGCAGAGGGUCUCCUCCCUGGAGGCCAGGCACCAGAGGGAGCAGCAGGACCUGAUGGAGCUGGUGGAGAGGCAGAGCUGGCUGGUGGGGCAGCUGCAGGCAGGGCUGGGGGCGUCCAGCCACAACAGCAGCCUGCUGCAGAGACAGCAGGCCUCCCUCACAGACACCGUGCAGCAGCUCCUGGCUCUGGUCACACACUGCAACGAAAUCUCCAGCCCUCCUAUAGAGGAGGGGUCCAGUCUGAGGGACUGUGCUGAGCUCUUCAGGUCAGGGGUCACAGAGAGCGGCGUCUACAGCAUACGGCUCCCCAACUCCACACGCACAGUCAAGGUGUUUUGUGACAUGAAGACGAGAGGAGGAGGCUGGACGGUUCUACAGCAUCGCAAAGACGGAUCAGUGGACUUCCAUCGUGGCUGGAAGGACUACAAAACUGGUUUUGGGGACCCCUCUGGAGAGUACUGGCUGGGGAAUGAUGUCAUCCACCAUGUGACCAGCUCCCAGGAGUACAGUCUGCAUGUCCUGCUGCAGGAUGGAGAGGGGAACCAAGCCUACUCACACUACGACCACUUCUACAUAAAUGGAGAGGACAAGAACUACAGCCUCCAUACUCAGGGCUUCAGUGGCACAGCAGGCAAGACCAGCAGUCUGACCCACCCUGGUACCCCGUUCAGCACCAAGGACAGGGACAACGACCACUGCAGCUGUAAGUGUGCCCAGAUGGCAUCUGGAGGUUGGUGGUUCGAAGCCUGCGGGCCGUCCAACCUCAACGGGAUCUUCUACCCCGGAGUCUCCAACGUGGUUCGCUACAACGGCAUCAAGUGGUACUACUGGAAGGGCCCGGGUCUGAUGGCUACCAUGACGACCAUGAUGGUCCGCCCUGCAGACUUCUGAUGGCGCCUGCUGAUGAUGUCAUAACAUGCCUGAUAUUGAACAUUUUCUGGAAGGGAGAGGGGAUGAGAAGCCAGGUGUAAGAGUGAAUGAGGACUGGAGAUGCACAGGAGACUGGAAGAACACACCGUUGUUUCUGGUUAUUAGUGAAAGUACAGAGUCUCCCUUAUGUAUUCUUCUUUGGUUCCUCAACAUAACUGUCCUGUUGUUUGAAUGUUUCAAACAAGUCUCUGAAUGCUGCCUGCUACACCGCAGAGAGAUUCUCAUAAACCUUUUUAUUUCUAUGAGAUUAACCUCCUCAUGAUAAAUUAAAGCUGGUGUGUUUUUACAAGUUUAUUUACUUUCCAAAGCGGAAAUCUGUUAAUAAAAACUUAAUUAAAUAAUGUUUGGGUUUGGAGUGGUCAACUGUUGUGUGCACUGUUACAGUUUCUCUGCCGUCAUGGUUACAUAGAACACGUGUAACACGUGUAGCAAUCCCAGCAGCACCAUUAGAGGACCUCAUGAUGGUCUCAGCAAGACCUUCUCCUACCUGCCAACACUCUUACAUAUCAUACAACCACCAUCCCUGAGGGGAACUUCACAACAUCUACAGUACAUUUGUAACAAUAGAAACCUCAACCUAGAAUACUGUCUUAGGCCUUCUUAAUCGUCCCCUACAGAGCUGAAAGGAGUUCCAAAUGGAACUUCGGUUUUCCAGUUAUGUUCCAAAAGAUUCCAUAUUGCCCCAAUUUAGCGUUGGCUACAUAAUGCCUAAUCUCAACCAGAAUCCUUGACCUGGUGAUUGGCUGCUCAAUCAAGCCCAAAACAUAUUCACCUCUGAUUGGUUUACAUAAGAAUAAUUCAUUUGAUUGCUAUGCAUUGUAAAAACAUAACCUUUCCACA